UACAACCCUCCUAAUUCAACUUCUAGCUCCAAAAGAAAUAAACAAGCACACAUACACGUACAUACUCGUCACACAUCUCUAUAUAUAAUAGCUUGUAAUUAAAGAGUUGGUUAAUCAACACAAAGUUAAGAAUCCAAUAUGGGUUACUUGGAUCAUAUAUCGGAUAUAUGUGCCGUGACAAGUACUAGAAAAAGCAAACGCAAAUCUAUGGAGACGGUUGAGAUCAAGGUGAAAAUGGAUUGUGAUGGCUGUGAAAGAAGAGUCAAGAAUGCUGUUUCUUCCUUAUCAGGCGUGAAAUCGGUGGAUGUAAACCGAAAGCAAAGCCGGGUAACAGUGAAGGGUUAUGUGGAGCCAAAAAAGGUCUUAAAGAAAGUUCAAAACACUGGAAAGAAAGCCGAAAUGUGGCCAUACGUGCCAUAUAAUCUUGUCGCUUACCCUUAUGCACCUCAAGCAUAUGACAAAAAAGCCCCUUCCGGCUACGUUAGGAACGUCCCUCAAGCAUUUUAUAGUCCAAAUGCUCCGGGCGAGGCGUUCACCACUCUAUUUAGUGACGAAAAUCCAAAUGCUUGUUCGAUUAUGUGAAUGUGUGUCCUUAUCGAUUAGGAGCUUGUGUUGGAAUGGUCUUGUUAUGAUAAUUUACAUGUACACAAUUUUCGUAGUUAGUAGUUGGCAAUUUUGAAGGUAGAUUAAAUCAUGUUUCCUGUAUACACGCUAUUAGAAUACGUGGAAUGUUUAUGGUUUUAAUAUGCAUAAAAUUUUGAGUUCA